GAAUCUGAUCCAGUUUUUUGUACAUCUCUUAAAAAAUCUGCAUCUACCGAUGUCCAAUUAGGAAAUCAUUUGCAAUUUCGCUCUAAAUUCUGCGGUCCACAAACGAAGUUUCCCAAAAUUUUGAUUUUUCAGCCCCAUCGCUUCGCUUGAGUUCUCCGGUUCUGCUCUGACCGAUUUCUUGCUUCUUGAACAACACCUUCACAGCCACCAUUUCCCUCGCUCACAAUUGAUUGCCCGCCACUUGCCGAUGGCGAUUAGUCAUCAGCACCUCAAAUUGGAAGACCCUUUUCUUCAAAAUUACAAGCCCUCAGAGCUACGGAUCGCUUCUGAGUUUCUCACCACUUGGCUUCCCUUUCUUUCCAGAGAUCUUUGUCAAGAUUGCACGCAAUUGCUCUCGGAUCGAAUCCGCGCCCUUGAUCCAGCUGUCCGUCCCGACGAGGACUCGAGUUCUGCAUCUCCCCCAAGAGAGAAAGACAUGAAUGAGAGUAAUGGAAAUGAGGUUGAUGCUUGUGAUGCAAAUUCUCUUGGAAGUUGGAAAGAUGAAGCGGAAACAAAUUCAUUAGGGAGUUGGCAGGAUGGCAUAAAUGAAGGGAAUGAAGCUGAUGGAUUACCUGAAACUUCUUCUAGUGAGCCAUCCUCUAAAUUAAAUUCCACCAAGACAUCAGGGCCUCGAUUGUCGUGGGCCGACAUGACUCAGGAGGAUGAACUAGAAGAAGAGGAAGAUGAAUGCGAAACAGAAAAAAGAAUAGUCAAUGCGAACGCCGGGAAAUUAACAAUAUCGAAGGUUAUUGAGAAGCCUAAGCUAUCUAGAGAGCAAAGAGAGUACAUCAGGUUCAUGAGUGUUGGACGAAAGAAAGAUUUUAUUUGUUUGGAGAGGUUUAAAGGAAAAUUUGUAAACAUUCUUGAAGGACUUGAGCUUCAUACAGGCAUUUUUAGCGCUGCAGAACAGAAGAGAAUAGUUGAUCAUGUUUAUGCACUACAGGAGAUGGGCAUGAAGGGAGAAUUAAAAGAACGAACAUUUUCCGCUCCCAAAAAAUGGAUGAAGGGAAAGGGACGUGUAACUCUGCAGUUUGGGUGCUGUUACAAUUAUGCAGCUGAUAAAAAUGGCAACCCUCCUGGAAUUCUUCAAAGUGAAAUUGUGGAUUCAAUUCCUUCUCUCUUUAAGGUGAUCAUUAGAAGGUUGGUGAGAUGGCAUGUGAUUCCUCCAACAUGUGUUCCUGAUAGUUGCAUUGUGAACAUCUAUGAUGAAGAGGACUGUAUUCCUCCCCAUAUUGACAACCAUGAUUUUGUUCGACCGUUUUGCACCGUGUCAUUCCUCAGUGAAUGCAAUAUUGUUUUUGGAACAAACCUUUCUAUCGUAGGUCCUGGUCAAUUUUCUGGGCCGAUUGCAAUCCCCCUGCCUGUCGGGUCUGUUCUUGUGUUGAAUGGAAAUAGUGCCGAUGUUGCUAGACAUUGUGUACCUGCAGUCCCUACAAAGAGGAUAUCAAUUACAUUUAGGAGAAUAGAUGAGUCCAAAAGGCCAAUUGAGUAUGCUCCAGAACCAGAUUUGCAGGGAAUCCAACCCUUGCCCUACGAAGCAAGUAAAAAUGAUGUACCAACUUCUCAUGUAUCAUCAGAAAGGGAAAUAAGGAGGCAGCCAUUUAGGCGCGGUGGUGGUCAUAUGAGAACCAGGGGAUCUGGAAACAGAAGCGACACUCAAUUUGAGCCACGGAAUCCAGGUAGGGCUUGGCAUACGUCGUCGGAUAGGAGGAGCAGAGUAAAUCUAGAAGACAGCUGAAGGUAGCAUCAUUUAACAGUCCUGUUUCAUCAUUUUUUUAUUUGGCAUCAGAAGUUGGGUGUUAGAGUAAUUUAUGAAGCGCUACAAGGUGAUUGAGUGCAAGUUCUGUAUCAUGUUGGCAUAUGAGAUUUUAUUUGUUUGUGUACCAAGAAUAUAUUAACACGUUUAGAUGCUGUCAUACUUGUCGUAGUCGUUACUAAAAUGGUGUGAAGUUCAAGUUUCUGCACUUUGGAACACCCGAUGGAUCGAUCCCGAGCACAACCGCGGGAGCAAAAUUGUCAAAUGUAACAAUGCUGCAGAUCAAACAUUUUGAAGCUGCCUUGAAGAAGACGAGGGAGGUGUUCGUCGGGAUAUUUGAACGACUUAUUUUGUGUCCAUAUUGAUUCAUUGAUUCUAUGCUCCGGGUGACGGGCUGAUUAAGAUUGCUGAGUAUAUUUCCGUUGUUUUAUCUGAUAUAAAGUCAAAUUUGAGGCUAUUUGUGAAUCUUC